GCGCGGACUGCUGGCCAGGGUCGCGUCAUUCCCACUCGCGUCGCUGUCGUGCGAGGACCUCGUCGCAGUCAGUCUUCCUCCGCUGCUACUUUUUCUUUUUCCCCCCCCGAUUUGUACAGGCUGGCUCGCGUCGCCCCCUUGUGUGCAGUCCAGGAACUGAAAAAUGUGAUCGAAGCCCAAAGCGCAGGAAAUCCUUUAUGACAGCAUCAAAGGAAACACUCGCAUGCAACGGCUGGACACCUUUCCCUCAACCGUUUUAAAAUUCUUUCCAAAGAGGAAAGCAAUGCACCGCCAGAGGACUCUAUGACCGUGCAUCUGAGGAUUUAAUUUUCAGAACUUUUUAUCAAAGGGUCUUGAAGUAAGAGUGACAGAGCGGCAACAUGUCGACGGACUCGUUCCACGCCGAUUACGGCGUAGCAGCUCCAUCCGAGAUGGGCAUCUCCACGUCCACGUCCACGGGAAACCUGCUUCGGAUGUUUCGGGAGUACCAGAGUAACGCGGUCAUCCUGGAGCACUACAACUUCACAGGCAAGCUGAAGGAGAACAAAUACAAGGAAGGACUCAAGCCGGAGACCAUCGCCUUUCUGCUGGUGUGCCUGCUUAUCGUGUUGGAAAACGCCGUGGUGCUGGUGGCCAUUUGGAAGAACAAAAAGUUCCAUCUGCCCAUGUACUAUCUACUGGGCAACCUGACUCUCUCCGACCUGCUGGCGGGGUUCGCUUACAUGGUCAACCUGAUGACAUCCGGCGCCAACACGUUGCACAUGACGCCCGUGUUGUGGUUCCUCCGGGAAGGGGGCGUGUUCAUCAUGCUGGCGGCGUCCGUCAUCAGCCUCCUGGCCAUCGCCAUCGAGCGCCACGUCACCAUGGUGAGGAUGAAGCCGUACCAGGGCGACAAGCAGGGCCGGAUGUUCGCUCUGAUCGGAGCCAGCUGGGUGUUGUCCGUGCUGCUGGGCGUCCUGCCCGUUCUGGGUUGGAACUGCAUGGGUCGGCUGGACCAGUGCUCCACCGUCCUGCCGCUCUACGCCAAGAGUUACAUUCUCUUCUGCGUCACCGUCUUCAUCGGCAUCCUCAUGUCCAUCGUGGUCCUCUACGUGCGCAUCUUCCGCAUCGUCAAGUCCAACACGCAGCGCCUCGGCUCGGGCCCGCAGAGGAAAGGCCUGUCCCGGAAGUCGCAGAAGUACAUGGCCCUGCUCAAGACCGUCACCAUCGUGCUGGGGGUCUUCAUCGCCUGCUGGCUGCCCCUCUUCAUCCUGCUGUUGCUCGACUUCUUCUGCCCGACCAAACGCUGUCAUGUGCUCUUCAAGGCCGACUAUUUCCUGGGCAUCGCCAUGUUCAACUCCCUCCUCAAUCCCAUCAUCUACACGCUGACCAGCAAGGACAUGAGGAGGGCCAUCCUGCGGCUGCUCUGCAGUCGCUGCCUGUUAACCAAAGACGGACAAGUGAAGAAGAUCGGCAUGCCCUUCCUGGAGUGCAGCACCAGUAAGACGGACGCCGCUUCUCACAGGCUGGAGGGACUGGAGAACACCGUGUCUUCUGGCAAUUUGACACCUUCCACGAUAAAAGCCAUCUUGCCCAAAUUGUCCAAGACAUGACGCGGACUUUGUAUGCGAGCAAGGGCGAGGAGAAGCAUGACCACUGACUGAGGUGGGAUGCACGUGAUCAAACCGAACCACGUCCAGAGUUACGGGAACGGGAUUGCACUCAACCUUUCUGGUAUUACCCAUCGCUGAAUGUGAGAGGGGGUUUGGUUUAACAUACCUUUGAUUUUUGUAGCCAUUCUCUUACUGAAUGCAGGUGCGCAUCCAUGCCGCCAGAGGUGAUGGUGAAUUCAUACUCACAAGAACGGAAUUCAAAUGGUCUGCCGUGCGCGCGGGCGUGGUCGCCAUCGGGAAUUUUGGGAGCGCUCCCGUACGGCCGGUCCGUUCCAGGCGGAGAUCGUCGCGCUUCGGGGCUGCUGGUUGUACAGCUCAGCUCACCACAGCGCGGUUUACGGCGACGCGUUUCCGCUGCACUUCGUGCCGGCCUAAUGGCAAAAACUGUAUCGGCCCGGUUAAUAGCAUGACAUCGUAUCCAGAACAAGACGUGGCGUUUCCCGUUCUUUUAUCGUGACAUGUAGCUCUUUAUUGCAAGAAUAGUUGACAUGUGUUCUUUCUUUUCCUCGCCUUUUGUCACAUGAAUGGCGACUUAAGCUUUUAGGCGGCGCACCCUUGUAGAGGGAGGCAAAACGUAGCCCUGAUUCGGCCGCCAGUAACGUAAUCCCGUUGUCAGCAACUGUAAUGCUUCACAAGGCCAAUGUUAAGCAACAGUCUGGUGGAAUGCCAUUUCAUCUCACCGCUGUUUACUUUUGAACAAAAACUGAAAUGGAAGAGUUCACCAUUGUGCAGAUGUUUCACAUAAAUUACAGCCAAUUACGCUGUCCAUCCAAAAGAGCGGAGCCAAAGCCAGAGCAUGAGAUUUCGCCGUAUCUCCACUCCUUGUGUGGCAGAUAAUGAUACGUUGCUGCAAACUGGGAGCAUCCACACCCAAUCUUUGCAGCCAAAAACCAUCUUAAGUUUGGUCAGGAGAAACGCAGGGUAGCGUCCCCCCCCCACACACACACACGACCCGCCACAGCUGACAUCAGAGACCGGGCAGCCAUGAGACACGCUGAAGACGUCAUGCGGGUCUCUUGGUUGGGUUUCAGCUUUGGGGGCUGAAGAGCCUUGAGAACUUCGUUCGCGAAGAAAGUUCCAAGUUGACGGUGGUGCAUGACGUGAAUGGACCGCCCACCUAUCAUCGUCAUCCCCCCCUCUUUGACGUUAAUGUCCAACGCAACAGCAAUCUGCACUGCAUUUCAUCGUAGCAACAGAUAUGUGAGCAUUUUUUUUUUAGCUUGCGGAUGUGUAAAGAGAAACCAUAUUUUGUGGUUAGAUCUUGUGUAAAUAUAUAGCUCGCCCUUGAGUUUAUCGUAACUGUUUUUAACGUAAAUGUCCUAAGUUAUGUCCAUUUCUAUGUGUGCACUGAAUAAACUAUUUGUAUUGAUAUUUGUA